GUGACGCUCUGAGUCCUUUGAGUAGCGUACGUCGCGUCGGUUCUGUGAAAUUAGGUGACGAGCGUCAGGAGUUGUGCCCACAACAAACUGCAAGAAAUUCUUGCAUCAACUAUACAAAGUCAGAGAAGGUUUUAGUGGGUCCACAUGGUGAGAUGUACGCAGCAAGUCAUGAUGCAAACCAGGCCAUGAAUAUAAAAGCUGAGGAAGUCUCAGAUGCACAAGAGGAAGCGGAUUCUGUGCAGAUAACAGUUCAGGAGAUAAAGGCUGAACCUAAGAACUGUACAAAUUCGGAGACUGCUUUAGUGGGUCCAUAUGCUGAGUCAUACCCAACACCUCAUGAUGCAAAUCAGGCCAAGAAUGUAAAAGCUGAGGCAGUCUCAGAUGCAGAAGAGGAAGAGGUUCCUGUCCCAAUAACAUUUCCAGAAAUAAAGGCUGAACCUGAGGUGAGCUCUAUGUGAACUGUUAGGCAGAUGACACAGAUGUGCAGAAAUGCCGCUUGUCUUUCUGAUAUCCAUGUCUGUGAUCAUGAAACAACUCCACUGUGCUGUUGACUAGAGUUUGAAAGUUUUAUCUUUUUUUCCUGGCUGUAGUACCUUGAAUGUUGCGUGUGAUAUACGACUCCCAUUUUCGUUAAACAGAUCUAAUAUAGAACUUGUGUAAACUGAAUGUUUGCGGUAAUUUCCAUAGCAGGAACAAUCCUUCACAUUUUCCAUGUCUGUCCAAUCCACUAAGCAGUGCUUUGGUACUACAUCAUAGGGUUCCCAGGAUCUAUAAAUGCUGAAGUUUAUCAUUUGUUUUCUGUCUUCCAUGCAGUCUGUAUCCAUGUAAUAACACAGAGGUGUCAUUGUGUUGAGGAUUUGUAACAGGAUAAUUAAAAAUUCUCUAAAAGAUUUGUGAUAAUGUUUGACAGGUUAUAAACAAGUGUUGCCAGUUGCCCUUUGUUUGAAGUAAAUUUAAUAUAUAAGAUACAGUUGGAGUUUCCCCUGUACCUGCUGGCGGGGGAGAUUGGUUGUCAUGACAGAUUUUUUUGUUGUUUUCUCUUAGACAGAAAGGUGACUAAACAUUAGGUACUGAGAAUGUGUAAAAGGUGUGUAGAAAGGAAUAGUGAAGAAGUGGCAUUGGCAACACAUUCUAAAAUAUAGACGCAGUUGUGGUGAUGUGGAAUCUACCAUGGAUGUAAUUAAACACCAAAUAAAGCUAUUAAUGAACAUAAAGAAAAUUUCUACAUCUACAUAUAGAUGGAGGUUCUUACUUUUUUUGGCCAGUUCACAGCGACUGAUGCACUGCUGCCUGCAAGGUGCAUACAAAUUUUGCCAGUGUAUCAGUAUGGCUGUGGCCAGUAAUGUUUGGAAUGAAGUAUACAAUUCAUAGGUCACAGAAGUUGUUGAAAAUGCUGUCCCUCUACAUGCAGACAUUCCUUGCAGCAGCAGAAGGGGUUCAGAUUAACCCUUAAUGCUGUUGUGCCGGAAUUGUUGCAAUUUCCCUAUGAAUAUUGU